AUGAGCGCGGACUAUCAUCACGUGGUUGAUGCCUGCGACGAGGCAUGGGUUGCGUGGACACGGUUGAAGACUCUCUACGGCGGAUCGCAGAAGGCGGGACGGAUCUUCUUGAAGCGACAGCUCUUCAGCAUGGAGAUGGCGGAAGGCGGCAAUGUAAUGAAUCAUUGCAAUGAAGUUCUCAACAUCAGCGCCAAGCUCAGCAGCAUCGGCGCCAAGAUGGAGGAUGAGGACGUGGCGAUCUGCUUGUUGUGCAGUCUCCCCAAGAGCUACGAGAAUGUCGUGCUGAACUUGGAGAUGAGCAGCGUGGAACUGCGGACGCAAGACGUCGUGAAAGUGCUGACGAAUGAGCACAUCAAGAGACAAGGAAACAAGGAAACAAGACGACGUCGGUGA